CGUGCGAAAUUCAAGCUUUUCUUUAUGCUUUGUAUAAGCCACCACCUCGCAACGACUUUUACUAAACUUUUGAAACUUUUUAUCUCGUUAUAAUUGAACGAAAAAAACUCAUAAAUUCCUGAUUGACUCUGACAGCAGUUGUCUCCAGUGGAGCGGAGUAUAUAAUUCAUAAAGAAAAAAAAAAGUUUUUUUUAAACAUCAUUUAAAGUUUUAAUUGAAAGGAUAAAAGACUGCUUUGAAGUGAAGUGUGUGGGCUUGUCGGUCAACCGAGAGAACAAGUUUCUCUUACAAGUGAACGACAGUGUGUUAGUACAAACUAUGAUCCUGUGAUUUGAGACGGUGAGAGAGAAUCAUGAAAAGCACGGCGAGACGCCGGAACUUGCUAUCUCUCGAUCUAUUACUUGUUAUUCUUGCAGUCCUAACCGGUGUCAACGGACUGCACAAUGUUUCGGUCGAAAUACCCGAGGCUGUUGCAGUCGGCUCUACCGUCACGCUCACUUGCCACUACGACCUUCAGACCGACGUCCUCUAUGCAGUCAAGUGGUACAAGGGGAAGGACGAGUUCUACAGAUAUGUGCCAAAAGAAUUCCAACGUAUUUCCGGCUUUGGAGAACUGUUCACCAACAAUGUUGAUAUUUCCAAGAGUGAUGCUUAUAGAGUAACCUUAACUAAUGUUACGUCUGAUCUGGAAGGUAAAUACCGCUGUGAAGUUUCCAAUGAUCCACACUUCCAUACUCUGUUGAAAGCUGGAUACAUGCAUGUAGUCAAUCUACCCCAAGGUAAACCCGAGGUGCUCGUUGAGAAGCAGAGAUACGCAAUUGCAGACACAGUCAAAGCCAACUGCACCACUCCUCCCAGUAAUCCACCUGCUAAUGUCACUUGGACUGUCAACGGAGUCCGGUUGAACUCAACGUAUCAGAGAAAUAUUCAACUAAAGGUUGACAAUCGAUCAAAAACAUAUGCCGAGUUGGACUUUGAGAUAACCCAAGACAAAUUUAGUAAUGGCAGACUUAAAAUCACUUGUCAUGCAAAUGUCUUCCAACUUUACGAUGAAGAGUCCACAGUGCAAUUGGAUGAGGAACGCCCGAGAUUGGCACCUGUACUUGGAACUCGUGAUUCCCCCCAUCCUAAUGAAGCAUCGAAGCAUACCGCAAAAUGGUUGUGUAUGGUAAUAGCCGCUAAUUUGCUGCUUGGUGGUCUCAGAUAACACCAAUGAACCGAGAGUUAAAUUUUCACGUUGAACUGCAACGCGAUACUAAGCGGAAGAGUGAGAGUGCUGUUGAAUGCAUAGAUAAGUCAUUUUACGGCUGUAAUAGAUGAUGAAGAAAUAAAAACUAAAACGCGUGAUUAUCUUGCAAAACAUGAACGUAAUAAAAUUUAAAAAAAUAAAAAAUUUAAAUAAAAAUAAAGGAAAAGAAUUGAGAUGUAAAGAGAAGACAACUGAGCGAUGAGGAUUCCAACAAGCCUAUGUUAUUCAUGUAAAUAGGAUAAUGAUUUAGCGAAUUAUGUACGUCUAAAUGGACGUGAUCACUCGUUCUUUGGUAAAUAACGAGUGUUGUAAUCUACAUAAAUAAUCAUUGUGUUAGAUUAACUCAACUUCCCCAUCAAGUAUUGAUAAAUUAUAUAAAUAAAUAUAUUAAUAUUAUAUGUAAAAAUAACAAAAAAAAAAUCAUACAAAUAUUGUAAUGAUGUUUUCUAUCCUGUGACGAUUAUUUUGAUACCUCCGAUAAAAAACAAUUGUAGCUGACACAAAUACGUCCUGUCCAAUUUCUAGUAUUAUGCUGUUAUUGUUUAAUGAAAUAUUUCAUUUCGAUAUUCAAUAAAUAAAUUAUUGCUCUUCGUUAAAAAUAAAUGAAAAUACAUGUUAAAUAUCCUGAUCCUUCAUGACAUUCCUACCUAACAAAUAAAACAAAUUUUUGAUCAAUAUUUUUAAAAUGAAAAAAACUUUAUUUAAAAUUUAUCAUUUUGUCCAUUUCUAUUAUUAUAAUUGAUUAUAAUUUUUUUACAUCAACUAAAGCUGAACAUCAAAAGCUCUUAGCUAUAUAUAAUAUUGUGAAAUCAAAAAAUUAACCAAGAUACUAGUUCUGAGUAUUUGUGCCAAAAUCAACAGUAAACUUGGUUUAAUAAUUAGUAUAAUAUUCGAAGUAAGUUAGAGAAUUUGAUUGAGUUGUGGAGUAACUGAUAUAAUAAAACAAUUUGUUGACAUUAUGGAAUAUUUUAUAUAAAUUUAAUAUAGAUUAGUUCAUUAAGAACCAAAUAAAAUGCAAUUCUGAUGCUAAAUAUACAUGAAAGAUAUUGAAACUUUAUUUUUCCUGUUAAAUAUCAAAAAUCCUCUUAUUCACAUUGUUCAUUUUAAUUCAAUGACCAUCAACUAGAAUAAAGUUGUUGGAUUAAAUUAAAUUCUAUUUGAACUAAAUGAACCAGUAUUGUGUACGUAAAAGAACAUAAGUCUAUUAUAAUGCACUACUUUAAGAGCAUUAAUUUUAAAUAAUAAUAAUUGAUUGUCAUACACUCAAUUAUUACUUAAUUAAAAAUUAAUUGUAUAGAACCCACUGAAAAUCUUUAUUUCCAUUUAGUUCAUAGAUUAAAUCAAAUUUCUAUUGGAACAUUUAUUUAU